AUGCAGGUCCCCAGCCCCAGCGCGCGCGAGGUAGCCUCCAUGUACGGCACGGCGGUGGCCGUCUUCCUGGUCCUCCUGGUGGCCGUGCUGCAGGGCUCGGCACCCCCCGAGAGUCCCCUCCCCUACCGAAUCCCCCUGGACCCCAAGGGGGACCUGGAGCUCUCCUGGAACGUCAGCUACACGCAGGAGACCAUCUAUUUCCAGCUCCUGGUGCAGAAGCUCAAGGCUGGGGUCCUGUUUGGGAUGUCGGACCGUGGGGAGCUGGAGAACGCUGACCUGGUCGUGCUCUGGACCGACGGGGACAAAGCCUAUUUUGGGGAUGCCUGGAGUGACCAGCGGGGACAGAUCCACCUGGAUUCCCAGCAGGAUUACCAGCUGCUGUGGGUACAGAGGACCCCGAAAGGCCUAUGUCUACUCUUCAAGAGGCCGUUUGGCACUUGUGACCCCAAGGAUUACUUCAUUGAGGAGGGCACCGUCCACCUGGUGUACGGGGUCUUGGAGAAGCCUUUUGGGUCGCUGGAGGCCAUCAACACGUCGGGGCUGCAGAAGGGGCUGCAGAGGGUACAGCUGCUGAAGCCCGACAUCUCCGUCCCAGCCUUGCCGGCAGACAGGCGCACCAUGGACAUCCAAGUCCACAACUUCCUGAUCCCCAGCAAGAAGACCACGUACUGGUGCCACCUCACCAAGCUUCCACAAGACUUCCCCCAGCACCACAUCGUCAUGUACGAACCCAUCAUCACCAAGGGGAAUGAGGCCCUGGUCCACCACAUAGAGAUCUUCCAGUGCACCGGCCAGUACCAGAACAUCACCUCAUUCAGCGGGUCCUGUGAUUCCAAGGAGAAGCCCCAAGAGCUCAACUCCUGCCGCCACGUGCUGGCCGCCUGGGCCCUGGGCGCCAGGGCAUUUUACUACCCAGAGGAAGCAGGCCUUGCCUUUGGGGGCUCCGAGUCCUCCAGAUUUCUCCUUCUGGAAAUUCACUACCACAACCCGACGAAUAUCCAAGGCCGCUAUGACAACUCAGGCAUCCGCCUCCACUACACGGCCAAGCUGCGGCGCUUCAACGCGGGGAUCAUGGAGCUGGGGCUGGUGUACACGCCCGUGAUGGCCAUCCCCCCGAAGGAGUCGGCCUUCGUCCUCACUGGCUACUGCACGGACAAGUGCACCCGGGCGGCCCUGCCUCCUUUAGGGAUCCACAUCUUUGCCUCUCAGCUCCAUACACACCUGACUGGGACAAAGGUGGUCACCGUGCUGGUCCGGGAUGGCCGAGAGACGGAGAUCGUGAACAGGGAUGACCACUACAGCCCUAACUUCCAGGAGAUCCGCAUGUUGAAGAAUAUUGUGUCUGUCAACCCGGGGGAUGUGCUCAUCACUUCCUGUACAUAUAACACGAAAGACAAGAAUGAGGCCACUGUGGGGGGCCUGGGGACCGAGGAGGAGAUGUGCGUCAACUACAUCCACUACUACCCGCAGACACAGCUGGAGCUCUGCAAGAGCCAUAUAGACUCCUGCUUCCUGCAGAAGUAUUUCCACCUGGUGAACAGGUCCAACCUAGAGGAAUACUGCACCUGCCCUCAGGCCUCUCGCACCACCUGCCCCCGGGCCUCCGUCCCCGAGCAGUUUGCUUCGGUUCCCUGGAACUCCUUCAGCCGAGUGGUGCUCAAGGCCCUGUAUGACUUCGUCCCCGUGUCCGUGCACUGCAACAAGUCCUCAGCCGUCCGCUUCCCGGGUGAAUGGGAUCUGCAACCCCUGCCUGAGAUCAUCUCCAAGCUAGAAGAGCCUACCCCUAGGUGCCCAACCAGCCGGGAUCAGAUCUCCUCCAGCCUCACUGUGGUCAGCAUCGGUGGGGGCAAAGUUUGA